CGCGCAUCCGGGCGAACCGUCAGUCCAGAACGGUCGGAGCAUUCGGGGGGAGCAUCGUGCCGAGGUGGUGUGUUGGUUCGCUCGCUCGCAACCUCGCUGUCAACUUCGGCGGAUGUGAAUGACUGCUGACGAUGCCGCGUGUCGCCUGUGCAAUCCACGGAACGAUGUCGAGGCUCUUGGGUGUCCUCCUGCUGGUCGCCGGAGCGAGCUGCUUGUACUCGUCCAAUUCAGCCGUCGUUGAUCUUAGGCCAAAUAAUUUUGAUAAUUUAGUGUUAAAUAGCGAUCACAUCUGGAUCGUCGAGUUCUACGCGCCGUGGUGCGGACACUGUCAACAGUUGACGCCGGAGUACGAUAAAGCGGCCACUGCGUUAAAGGGUGUUGUAAAAGUUGGAGCGGUAAAUGCCGACGAGCACAAGUCCUUGGGAAGUAAAUACGGCGUUCGUGGCUUCCCGACGAUUAAGAUAUUCGGGCUUGACAAAAAGCCGGAGGAUUACAACGGUCCGAGAAGCGCGGCUGGCAUUGUCGACGCUGCGCUAAAUGCCGCCAGUCAGAAAGUUCGAAAAGCACUGGGCGGCAAGGCUUCUGGAGGCGAGUCCAAGAGCAAAGAUUCCAAGGAUGUGAUAGAAUUGACGGACGAGAACUUCGACAAAUCUGUUUUGAACUCCGAGGAUAUGUGGCUGGUUGAAUUCUACGCUCCUUGGUGUGGCCACUGCAAGAAUCUAGCGCCCGAAUGGGCAGCGGCGGCCAGCGAACUGAAGGGCAAGGUCAAACUGGGAGCCCUGGACGCCACUGUAAACACAUUGAAGGCAAGUAAAUACGAGAUCAAAGGCUACCCCACCAUUAAAUUCUUCGCACCGGGCAAGAAGGACGUCGACUCGGUGCAGGACUACGACGGCGGUCGCACGAGCGGUGAUAUCGUUAACUGGGCGCUCGAGAAACUAGCCGAGAAUAUCCCGGCGCCGGAAGUGGUGCAGAUCACGUCCGAGAAGAAGCUGAGGGCCGCGUGCGAAGACAAGCCGAUCUGCGUGGUGUCCGUUCUGCCGCAUAUCCUAGACUGUCAGUCCGACUGUAGGAAUGGAUACUUGAAAACCCUAAGUAACCUCGGCGAGAAAUAUAAGAAGAAGAUGUGGGGAUGGGUCUGGGCCGAAGCUGGUGCUCAACCGCACAUCGAGGACGCGUUAGAGAUCGGAGGUUUCGGCUAUCCCGCGUUAGCGGCCGUCAACAUCAAGAAGAUGAAGUACUCCUUGCUAAAAGGCAGUUUCUCAUACGACGGAAUAAACGAGUUCCUACGAGAUCUAAGUUACGGCAGAGGCGGCACCGCGCCCUUGAAGGGGGCACAAUUGCCAGUCAUCAUCGAAACGACGCCUUGGGACGGCAAAGACGCUGAACCACCGCAGGAGGAGGAGAUCGAUCUUAGCGACGUUAAUCUAGAUGAGAAGGACGAACUGUAACUUACUGAAAGCCAACUGGCUGAAUUCUUCUUAGAAGAAUUUACCGCACACGACGUAUAUCGGUUCUGAAAAAAAAAACUGCGAGUAAAGGCGUUAAUCGCGUUAAUCGAUAUGCAAGUCACACUCGCCUGAAAGUUUAUUUUGUAUCAUCAAACUUAACAUCUAUAUAUAUAUAUAUACAUAUAUAUACACACAUAUAUACUUAAGAGUCAACAUCGAUUGAUUUCGUAAUGAAAUUAAUGGUAAGAAAUUCCAUUACGCAAUGAUUUUUGUAUAAUAACAUCAGUAUAUGAUAUACAUAAUAUAAUAUAAUCAUUUGUCGCUGUGUAUCCUAAGGAAGACUAGUUCUCAGGUGCAGUUAAUCUAGUUUUAUAUAAAAAAAAAGUACACCUUUAAGUAAUUCUUCCAUCUGAAAGCCAAUUUUAUACGGUUUUGUGUUGCUCUAGAAGAAGUAAACUAGUUCUAUAGACUCCCAUCAUGUGUAAUUCUCUCAUUGUUUGUAUCGUUCUCUCCAUGUGUUUGGAUAGGAAGAAUAAAAAGAGUAGAGCAGGUUUAAAGUUUCGUGUAUCAUGAUGCAUUUAUUAGUCUGCUUACUUUUUAAGUAGAUUGUCUAAGAUACACAUAGUUCAUGUAAAAAAAAAAUCCUAUUUGUAAUAAAUAUACAUCAUUACAAAA